UUCUCAGCAUGGCGCUGCCCUGGGCCCUUGCCGUCCUGAGCCUCCUUCCUCUGCUGGACACCCGGAGCCCAGCGUGUGCCAAGUUCAGGGCAGCACCUAUCACUGACGUCACCCUGGUUCGGCUCUCUGGCAAGUGGUUUUACAUCGCGUCAGCCCUGCGCAACCCUGAGUACAAGGAGUCGGCUAAGAUGUACCAGGCGGCCUUCUUUUACUUUGUCCCCAACUACGCGGAGGACACGAUACAGCUCAGGCAGUACUUGACCAUGGGGAACAAGUGCGUCUACGAAGCCGGCAUCUUGAAUGUCCAGCGGGAGCGUGGGACCAUAUCCAAAUACGAGAAUGGCAGAGAACAUGUUGCCUACGUGUGGCUCACCAAGGACCCCAGGACCUUCAUGUUUGCCUACUUCCCAGAAGAUGAGCAGAACGUGGGGCUCUCCUUCUACGCUGACAUGCCGGAGGUGACCCCAGAGCAAUGGAGUGAGUUCCAUGAAGCCAUCAAGUGCAUGGGCCUGGACAAGUCGGAAAUUAUAUAUGCAGAUGUCGAAAAGGCGACAAUGUCAGAUCCCAGAGUGGACGAGCUGGGUACACGUCUGUGGAUGUAUGUGAAAUACUCCCAUGAUCAUUAACAUGAAAACCUCUCCAUCGGCUUGUCCCCCGAGGUCACCUCCUGUGGCCACCAGUGGCACAAAUCAUCCCUCGUCCCCAGGAACACUGGGAAAGAGCUUAUGAACACAGGCACUGGGGUUGGUCCCUGGCCUGCAGCCCGCCCCCCAUCUCCCAGCUGGGGGACCUCGGGGACCACACGGCCGCCCUGAGCCUCAGUGGCACCAUCUGCAGAUGGGGGUGAGGGAUCCAGGGGGUCAGCGUGAGGGCUUGGCGGGUCAUAAGGGCUUGGGAAACGCCAUCUGUUCUUAAGGGUUUGAGGCCCCAUUUUAGAGGUGAACAAGCUGAGGCUCAGAGAGGGAAAGUGACUGGCCCAAGGUCACCCAGCCAAGAAGUGGCAGAGCCGGGCUGGGACCACAGUCCACAGGUUACUCCAUCUCCCCCCCCGGGCCCCCUGCCCUCCCCAUCACUGUGCUCUCCUCUCCCCGUCUCCCAGGACCAGUGUGGGCUGCUGGAGAAGCAGCACGAGGAGGAAAGGAAGGAGACAGAGGAGGAGCUCCAGGAGGACAGAGCACUGGGUUAGGA